AUGGGGAAAAGAAAAAUUAAAACCCAAGAUUUAGAAAGAAGAAAGAAAAUCAAACAAGAUCAAGAUGCAAAAUUAUCAAUGGGAUUAUUUAAUGAAGACAUAACUAGUGAUAUAGAAGAUCAAUCAAAUAAUUGGGAGGAUGAAGAACAAGAUUAUGAAUUAAAACCAAGAGAAAUGAAAGAAAAACAUAUGGUCGAGUCAUUACCUAUAAAGAGAAUUGAUGGUACCGUAGAACGAGUGUUGAGAGAAGUAAUAAAAAAAGAAGAACCAGAAGACGAGGGAGAAGAAGAACAGGAAGAGCCAUUAGAAGAACAAACAAAAGAACAGGAGGAGGAAGAACCCGAUGAUUAUGCAAAUUUAUCACCACAAGAAAAACUUAUUAAAACUAAAGAAGAUAUAGCAGAAUUAGCAUCAAAAUUGAUUGAAAACCCCGAGGAAAAUAUCACAUGUUUAACAAGAUUAAGAAAAAUGAGUGAAUCCAAAAAUUUUAUGACUUCACAAUUAGUAAUAAUGUCAUUGAUACCUAUUUUCAAAUCAUUAGCACCUUCUUAUAAAAUAAGACCUUUGACAGAUAUGGAGAAAAGAGAAAAAGUAAGUAGAGAGAUUGCAAGAUUAAGACAAUUUGAACAAUCUUUAGUUGUGAAUUACAAAUCAUAUAUUGAUUUGUUAUAUAAACAUUCUAAAAUAUCCUAUUCAAAUUCUUUAAAUAACAACAAAAUUACAAGUGACCAAUUGAAAAGAGGAAAUUUAGCAUUAAAAGCAGCAACUGAAUUAUGUCUAUCAUCAUUAAGACAUUUUAAUUAUAGAUCAGAAUUAUUUACUAUAUUAAUCAAAAGAUUGAAUAAAAAACCAAAACAACAACAAGAUUUACCUAUAUUUAUAAAAUCAAUUAGGGUUUUGGAAACAUUACUUAAAGAAGAUGAAGAACACGGUGAUAUCACAUUUGAAAUUAUUAAAAUAAUAUCUAAAACAAUAAAAAGUAAGAAUUUCAGAGUUGAUGAGUCAGUACUAAAUGUUUUCUUAUCCAUUUCAUUAUUGGAAGAUUAUGAUCCAAACCAAAACAAAGAUGAUUUCAAACCAAAAUUAAAGAAAAAAGAUAGAGUACAUCUUUCUAAAAAAGAACGUAAAAAUAGAAAAGAAAGAAAAGAAAUUGAAGAAGAAAUGAGAACUGCUCAACAAGCAAUAACCAUAGAACAAAGAGAAAAAUAUCAAUCACAAGUUUUGAAAAUGGUACUAAUGAGUUAUUUGGAAAUUUUAAAAGCUAGUCAAGGUUCAUUUCAAAAAGGGACUGAAAAUGAUGAUGCAAUUUUAUUAAUAGGAAGUGUUUUGGAAGGAUUAAGUAGAUAUGGACAAAUGGCAAAUUUUGACUUAUUAGGUGAUUUUUUACAAGUACUAAGAGAAAUUAUGGUUGAUGUUGUUGAUGAAGAAGAAGGAAUAUAUACUGGUAAACAAAUAAGAAUCAUUUUACUUUGUAUUGCAACAUCUUUUUCUUUAGUGUUGAACCAUGGAUCAAUGGGUAGAUUACCAAUUGCAAUAGAUUUUAGUUCAUUUAUUGAUACAUUAUAUAAAUUAUUGACAGAUAUUGCAUUAGAUUCGGAUUUAGAAUUUAGUCAUAAAACAUUGAGGUUAGCAGACCCAAUUACUGAAGAAUUAACAAAACCAGCAGUUAAUGUAUCAACAAAAUCAGAAUUAUUAUUACGUUGUUUAGAUUUUAUUUUUUUCAGAUCUAAAAAUGGUACAAUCUCAAGAGCAACUGCAUUCACUAAAAGAUUAUAUAUUUUGGCUUUACAAACUCCAGAAAAGACUUCGCUAGCAAUUUUAAAAUUUAUUGGGAAAUUAAUAAGUAGAUAUGAUAAUAAUUUAAAGGGAUUAUGGAAUACAGAAGAUAGUGUUGGUGAAGGAAAUUAUAUUUUAGGAAUUGAAAAAAAUGAUGAACUGAUUAUAAGAUUAGAAAGAUGUAAUAUUGGUGCAGCAACAUUAUGGGAAAAUGUUUUAUUGGAUGAUUAUUACGCCCCAAUAGUUAAAGACGGUUCAAGAUCUUUGAUGAAAAAUAGUAAAAAUGAAGGGAGGUAG